AUGCCGACAAGUCCAGAGGCUGGACGUGCCUGGCAAAAUUUGCUUCACAAUUUCGAGGUCAAUAUCCCAGAAUAUCAAUUGACACUGUUGAAUCAAACGACUGAGCAUCAAUGGAAGAGACAUCCCCAUGAAGACGGCGUAGCUGCGAAUAUAGGAGUCUUUCAUCAACUUCAUUGCUUGAAUGCGAUGCGUUUACAUAUACAAGCGGAUCUUAAUGACCCAUUCCGUCUGGAAUCCAGAGACACAGUUGACCAAUGCAUUGAAUUGUUAAGGCACAAGUUUAUGUGCGACGCAGACGUCACUCCUUUCUUACUGAAGAAAAUCCCGACAGACAAGAUUAGGGGUGACGGCCCAGAUCUUGGCACAAAACACAAGUGCAGAAACUACGAUAAUUUGGUGGCUUGGUCUAGAGAGAAUGCAUGGGGUUGGUAG